GGAUUUCAUUCGAAUUCCUUUUUCGGUCCAAGCAACACCUAAAGCAAAACACCAACAACAACCAAUAGACACACAGACACACACACACCCAUACCCAUAUUUCCAUAUCGGUUUCGGCUCCAAGUUGGCUUAAAUACAAAUUCCAGAUUAUCUUCCGAUUUUCCCAUUGUUAUUUUAACUCAAAAACCGAUAGAAAAAAUCAAGAAAUAGUAACUAACAAUGUGUGGAGGUUGGGCCUGUGCUUCGUACGGCAUUGCCUGCAGCAAUCAUCGUCUGUCCAAUAUGCGGUACACAGGCCGUUGUUUUGCGCCCACCCCCUGCGGCAUCUCUGAUAAUUGCUCGGCCUGCGGCGGCUGUUGUGGCGGGUGUUGCGGUUGGUAGUAAAUGGUGAAAUAAACGCGGUACACCGACUGGAGCUGCUGAUGUUUUUUUUUUAAUCAAUGUUGGCAUUGACUUCAUUAUCCAAAAUUGAAAUGGGGAAAAUGUUGUAAAAUCAUGAAACGAGUCUAGUUGUUGCCAGCCAACAUCUCACACCAAAAUUUUACAGUUUCAAGA